GGUCACGCCUCCUGUUACAAACCAAAACAGACCGGCUAAAUUGUGUUGUAUUGUUGAGAAUCCAUAUGUGUAUUCUAAAUGUUUGACAUUAAAACUGUGUGACAGUUGGAAAAAGAUAGAAAUUUGGACUGAGUUAAACUAAUCUAAGAUGCCACAACAUAAAGCUGCAAAGAAUCAUCGUCACAAAGAGGAUGAUAGACACAACAACAACGUUGUACAACAUGUUCAGAAUCAUAACAAUCAUGGCGGCGGUGAGAGGGCUGGAAAUAACCAACGCGCCGAACAUCGUAUGGCAAAAUGUUGCAUUCCAACAGGGUGCAAGGAAAUGAAUGAUACAAUAGACCCAGAGGAACCUUUCGACGCAAUGAAAGUUGUUUGUAAUAAUGAAAAUUGCACGAUUGGAAACUGGAUGCACCGGGGAUGCUUUGAUGAAUGGGAAGAAUCUGUUCUGUCUUUCUUGCGUUCGUGUGGACGAGCCAGGAGCUGGAGUGAAAAGCAGCGGCUUCAAAAUCUGUGGACCAAGAAAGGUUAUGAUUUGGCGUUCAAGGCAUGUGAUUGUAAAUGUGGACGGGGACAUAUGAGAAAGGAUUUAGAUUACUUUCCUAAAGCCGCCUCUACAGAUAACACUAAACUGAAAAAGAAGACCAAAAAGAAAAACGAUAAACCGCUUCCAGUCGUGAGUACUAACCACAAAAUUCCCCAUAACCAGAACCACACUAAUAAUCCCACGCCAUUAAGCGGUAGUAAUUCACAUGGACAUGAUGCCAACGGCAAUAACCAAACCACACACUCUGUUAAAACACCUUCAACACCUCAUGCUAUCACAAAUAAUUUUGCCCAGCUGCGCCUUCGUACAGAUAGUGUCAGUAGUACUGGGAGCAGCCCCCCAAAUUCUGCGUCAUCUGGAUCACCACCAAUGUCAUCCUCGCCUGUAAAUGCCAAUAUAUUUUUGAAAGGAAGAAGACUGGAUAACGGACUGGUCGCUGAGCAGGGAAGCAUUGCCUCGUCAGGAAAUAUAUUUCGAAGGCGUCAAGAUCUCUCUGCUUUUAGUAUGUUACCAAAAUUUAAACAGAAUCCGUAUUACAUCAAGAUGGAAGAUGAGGGUCCCCAUGGUAAUGAUGACACACGAAGCUUUGUUUUGUCUAACCUAAGUUCACAUAAGAUGACCUCGUUGAAAUGUGUUUUGUGUAAAGAUACAUUGCCAGUAUUCGAUCGCUAUCCGUUGAUUGAUGGAACUUUGUUUCUUUCUCCUCAAGCUUACGAUGAGGCGGUAGUUCAAGUUAUUUAUGAAGGAAGAAUUCAGUUCUUAAACGCAUGCUGUGUACGAUGUCUCGAUGGUCAUUCCGAUGUAAGAUGUGCCUCGUGUAAGAGACGUUGGGAUGGAAGUACCUUUCUAUUGGGCACCAUGUAUACAUAUGAUAUAUUUGCAGCCAUGCCAUGCUGUCAGAUGAGGCUUACCUGUAAAUAUUGCCGACGGGCAGUCGUAGAUCUACAUACAGGGCUAAAUUUCUACAGUCAAUAUAGUCACAUGACUAUAUGUCCGUAUUGUAAAGCCAAUGAUUACCACUUCAUCCGACCCAUGAUGGACACAUUUACUGUGAAAGCUCCUAUAUGUGGUUUUCGUUUUUAGAUGUCCUUAAAAUCCUACUAGUCCAGGGGUUCGAUUGACGGAGUAUUUCUCUUUCGACUUUUAUAACCAUUUUUGAUGAUACCAAGAUGCUUGUAUUUUUCACGUUCGUUUCUACACGGACUUUUCCUGGCUUUGCGGACCAUUUUCUUCUUUUCCUGGAUACGGAAAAGCUUGUAAAGGCAGCUAUAAUCGCAGACCAUAUUGUAAUGUAUUUGUGUAUUUAACUGUGUACUCAUUUUGCUGUUUUCUGUGGCUUACCAGGUCGUCUAUGUUGUGCAGUGAAAGCUAAUAUUGACAACGUAUGUUUAAGGUUUAUGGGAGACUUGUAUCUUGGGUGUUUUAGAAAAUGUUGAUGGCUCGGAAAAUUCCAGGAAUGUAUUGACAGUGUAUUAAACAUGAAGUAGAAGGAAAUAAAUUAACAAUACAUUGAAAUGUCUAUAUGCGUACGGUACUACAAGCUGGAAAUAACAUGUUAAGAGGUUUUUUUUACGUUUUGGAUAUACACACUUAUAUUAAUUUUAUAACGUUUGUAUCUUCAUUCAAGUUAUUGUACUGAUUUAUUAUAUCAUUUCGUGGGAUUCUUCUGUCUUAUAGUAAAUUACUGCGGAGAUUUCUUUAUGCAUUGUAUAUUUCCCCCCGUCUUUAUUUAAGUUAAAUCGUUUACUGUGUGAGAAUGGGUCAGUACAGAGUUACCUCCCCUUUCGUGCUCGAUAAAGAGCAUACUGAAUGGUGCUCGAAUUUUUCUUGAGUUGUUAAUUAUUUAUAUAUGCUAAAUAAAGAGAAAUAACUAAA